GAGGUCCACCAUAUAUAAGUCGAAUGUGUUAGGUGGGAGUAAGAAAGUGCCUUCUAACUUUUCGUCUCAGACUCUGCUACUGCGCAUCGCUGCAAAUAUCUUCUCUCCCAAACUCAAUCAGUUGCAGAAACCAGCCAUGGCGUUUGAGAAGAUCAAGGUCGCCAAUCCCAUUGUCGAGAUGGACGGCGAUGAAAUGACUCGAGUUAUCUGGAAAAUGAUCAAGGAUAAGCUUAUUUUGCCCUUUUUGGAUCUGGAUAUUAAGUACUUUGACCUCGGAUUGCCCUAUCGCGAUGGUACCGAUGACAAAGUCACUGUUGAGAGUGCAGAAGCCACACUUAAGUACAAUGUUGCAAUCAAGUGUGCUACCAUCACUCCAGAUGAGGCUCGUGUGAAGGAAUUUAGUUUGAAGUACAUGUGGAAGAGUCCAAAUGGGACAAUUAGGAACAUUUUGAAUGGCACUGUCUUUAGAGAACCCAUUCUUUGCAAAAAUGUUCCCCGACUUGUCCCAGGUUGGACAAAGCCAAUUUGCAUUGGAAGGCAUGCAUUUGGUGAUCAAUACCGAGCAACUGAUGCUGUCAUUAAGGGUGCUGGAAAACUUAAACUUGUAUUUGUUCCAGAAGGAGAGGGUGAGAAGCAAGAGCAUGAGGUUUUCAACUUCACUGGUGAUGGAGGAGUUGCAUUGUCCAUGUACAAUACAGAUGAGUCCAUUCGUGCUUUUGCUGAGGCAUCCAUGAACACUGCUUAUCAGAAGAAGUGGCCACUUUAUCUCAGCACAAAAAAUACUAUUCUUAAGAAGUAUGAUGGAAGAUUUAAGGACAUUUUUCAAGAGGUUUAUGAGGCUAACUGGAAAUCAAAGUUUGAGGCUGCUGGGAUAUGGUAUGAACACCGUCUCAUUGAUGAUAUGGUGGCAUAUGCUCUCAAGAGUGAAGGAGGAUAUGUGUGGGCAUGCAAGAAUUAUGAUGGUGACGUACAGAGUGAUUUCUUAGCCCAAGGCUUUGGAUCUCUUGGAUUGAUGACAUCUGUACUGGUGUGCCCAGAUGGGAAGACAAUUGAAGCAGAGGCAGCUCAUGGUACUGUUACCAGGCAUUACAGAGUCCACCAGAAAGGUGGUGAAACCAGCACAAACAGCAUAGCCUCAAUCUUUGCUUGGACACGAGGGCUUGCACACAGGGCAAAGCUUGAUGACAAUCCUAGACUAUUGGAUUUCACUGAGAAGCUAGAAGCCGCUUGUGUUGGAACUGUAGAAUCUGGGAAGAUGACCAAAGAUCUUGCACUUAUCAUCCAUGGAUCUAAGAUUUCAAGGGACCGGUAUCUUAAUACUGAAGAGUUCAUUGAUGCUGUGGCAGAAGAGCUGAAAGCCAGACUUUGAAUGGUGAUACUCCUGCUUUCACUUACUCUCAUACAUGGCGUUGUGAACUCGGGUUGGUACUUGGGCAUUUGCUGAGAAAAGAAAUAAAAGAAACUGGUGUGACACGGUGGGGAGUUGAUGGUCCUUUAAUUGCCAUUACUGAACACUCUUGAUUUCUCUCAUUCUCUGUUAUGUUUCGAUUGUUAAUCAUGUAAUGAAGAUGUGUACUUUAUGUGCUUAUAUGCUUGUGCUAGAUGGAUUAGGGCCAUUUAGUAUUGAUAAGAAGGUAAUAAUAAUUUCUUACUGCU